AUGGAGGAUAUAGGACACUACCUCCGACUGGCCCUCGAGACUCUCUGCCUCCACCUCCUCAGUAUCAACGACGCGACCACCUUUCGCGUGUUCUUUGUCCAAGACGCACACCCAGGUUCCCCUGCCAUCUUCUCGAACGGACUCGCCUUCAUCCACAUCCUCCUGAUCCCCGAGUUCGAUAUUGACUUGCACGAUCUCUGGUUCACCUACUACCAUGCCGCCAAGAACACUGCCGACAAGAAUCCUAUUCUGGACCGGCUCGUUAUCCAGAUCAUUCAGGCUAGAGAGUUGGGUGCACUGCGCAGGCCUUCUCCCGCGGACGCCAGCGUCACGAUCGAGGCGACAACUUCUGACGGGGUCAUUUGGACCGAUCUGCCGUUCUUGGUCCCAGAUGACCGCGUUUUGGCACCAGGACUGGCCGACGAUGGGCGCAAGAAUCUUCUCAGCUUUACCACUUUCUUAGCAAAACGAGCGUCCGUCGGUGUUUGCCAGGACAGGCUGAGCGGCAUAGGCCUCGCUCUCCUAUGCGAUGCGCUGGAGACCCCGCGCCUGCUUGGCGCGUCAGGAGAGGAGGAGCAUGGUGAAGAACCGGCCAGGCUCCCGCAGGACGUCACCUUCGCCACGCUCCUGCCGGCCGUCAACGCUUGGCUGUCCCAUGCCGGGCACAAGAUCGUCCAGCUAGCCGACGCCCGGUGGGAGAGCGACGCCUGCAGCCUCGGCGAGCUCUUCCGCGGCGACCCGUUGUGUGGCAGCGCCACGCCGGCCGGCUUCAGCCCUGAGAGGUGGCUUUUCUGGCUAAAGAGACUGGAGCAGAUUGCCGAGGCGGCGGAGGGUGCGGGAGGUAAGCGUCUUGGCGGGACAGUCCGGAGAUCAAUGGAUAACAUGCUCUUGGUCGCGGAUGAGAGGCAUUCGGCGGUCAAGCAACUACUGCACUACUCGCCUGGUGUGAUUCGGCAUGAACCCAUGGUGCAGGUUUUUGGCCCGAGUUAG